AUGGUAAAAACGCCCAUCGUCGAAACCAGUCAACGGCAGUCCUUCCGCCACAAACGGCUACACAACCACCACGAUCUACUCACGUCAGCGACGAACAGAACCGACGGACCACACCAGAACCCUCGCUCUGCACCCCGUGUCCCCGAAGCACCGCGAUGCACCCACGCACCAUCAUUCACCACACCUCCACGUUUGAACCAGAUCUACGCCCGUGACGUCGCUCGGAUUCACGACACACCUACGACUGAUGCCUCUCCCUUACCGUUCGACCAUGCUCGCAGCAAGCGCAAGCCUCCGUCCAUGGCCGAAGCUCUUCCGCCGCACACCCGGCUAACCGACGGACUCCACCACUGUGAUGACGAAACUUUCGGAUUCGACUUCGUCAAAAGCGUGUCCACCAUCACCGGGUCAUCGUAUUUUUCUUCUUUCUUUUUUUGUUUGUUUCGCGUUGGAAGUGUUUCAUAUGGAAGUAGUAAAAGAAGAAAGGUGGAAAGAAGAGAGUACAAGUUCUUUUCCUCAGAUAAAGAAAGUGGUGUAAUGAGAGAGACGUAA